UUCGUCAACAUUUAACGGGAAUUCAAGCAUUUGUUUCAUACACCUAUCAUUGUCUACUAUAAUCAGAGUAAAGCAAUAAAAUAAGCUUGGCUUUUACAAAAAUCACCGCUAAAAUCUGCCAGUUUAUUGCCUGCGUAACGCAUUUUGCGUUAUAUCACAACCCGUAAAACUCAUCCACCGUUACCGAGCACAGACUCACAGCCCGUGAGUGCGAUGCUGCGCAGCUUCCUCAUUUCUUUCAAGUUUCCAGUUCAUUUGUCGCUGCAAAAGUGAACGCAUUUCAGGAGCGUCGAGGCAAAACAGAAGCUUUUCGCAUUUGGUGACAGGGGGCCAAUAAAGCCUUGCGUGUACCGUGAUUCUUCGUAAAUGAUCGCAAGCUUCCGUGACACACACAACACAGCUACGCUCGUGUAGCGUCAAGUGAUUAGAUAAGAAAUUUUGAGCUGAAUCAGCUACAGAAGACCUCGACAUGCCUGCGUCACCACGAGCCAACAUGCACCCUCAGGCGCAGCUUCCCAACGCCCUCUCGAUGUCGCCUUCUGCUGGAGACCCACAACAGGCCGCGUCCUCAGACGCACUUCUGCAACGCACUUCCUACCCUCACCCUAUAGCGAGUACUCACAGCGGUGGAUACCAUACAGCACCUGCCCCUGUCUUGUCCCCCAACACCUACACCCUGAACCUCGUCGGAACGCUUGGUCUCGCCCUCGUCAUAGGUGUCGUCAUCUAUGACUUCAUCGCGUACAUCUUCGCAGUGUACAGGAACCAGACCGACUCCUACAGCCCCUAUGGCAGGAGGAUGGCUAGUCUUGCCUCUGAGCUCUGGGAGAGGAAGACCAUUUUCUCAGGACUCAAUCCUUACCUCAAGGGAAGAUCACUCGAGCCCUUGACAGAAAUCAUCGACGUCAUCGCAGACGCUGUCAAGAAGUGGGAAGAAGAACCCGCUGAGAAACUCAAGUCUAAUUCAUCCACUGUCGCGGCAGCUCAAGCUAAACCGCGUACUAAGAAGACGCAAAACAAACAGGAUUUUGUGUUUAAAGAGUAAUGCUGAUACCUGGCAGUAGGAGUAAUGCUGAUACCUGGCAGUAGGAGUAAUGCUGAUACCUGGCAGUAGGAGUAAUGCUGAUACCUAGUAGUAUGAGUAAUGCUGAUACCUGGCAGUAGGAGUAAUGCUGAUGUCUGGCAAAAAGUGUUAUACUGAUACCUGGUAGUUACAUGAAAAUUUAUAAACAUCGAAUUGAAGACGGUUUGCAGUCGAAAAAGUGCGAGUGAACAAAAGGAAAAAAUUACGAAAUUUAUGCGCAUUUUUUUUAAGUUUGAGUUAAGUUUAUUUUAGAUUUUGUAUAAUGCACGAAUGAUUGUAUGUAUAAAGAAAUUAACUAUGGUUCUGGUUCUGAAAUUUUCUUCAUUUCCAGUUACAUAUUCUUUUUUAUUUUAACUGAU